AUGUCUAGCAUGAUUUGUUCCAAGAAGCUCUCCAAGAUGGAAAGGAAGUGGCAAAAUUUUGCUGCCAUCAAAAGGAAGCGAAUUUCUCUGCCUAGAAUUGAAGUCUGUGAUGGUUGUACGGCAUCUUUGCCUACUCAUAAGGGCCAUUUUGUUGUCUACACUUCUGAUCAGAAACGCUUUGUGAUUCCCUUGGAAUAUCUUAAUAACAAGAUUUUCAGAGAACUAUUAAAACUUUCUCAAGAGGAGUUUGGAUUGCAGAUUGAUGGGCCUAUCAUAGUGCCAUGUGAUGCCUCCUUUAUGGAGUACAUAGUUAUGUUAAUUGAACGUGGUGCAGAGAAAGAUCUAGAAAUCACUUUGCUGAUGUCUUUUGUUACUGCUUGCUGCAUAUCACCAUCUCUUUUCUACCAGGAGCAUUCAAACCAGCAAGCACUUGUUUGGGGUUACUGA